UUUAGGUUUGGAGGAGGGGCGUGAGCGCGCGGGAAAUCGGGCGGGAAGCGAGAGGGGAAAGAAAAAAAAAAGGCUUAGGGCGCGAGCCUGUUGGUUCCUGUUCUCAGUCGCGCGGCCCGGGGACCGCUGUUGCGCGAGAGGAAGGCGGGACGCCCAGUUCUGUCCCUUAAGCAUACAACUGGAUUUGGUUUAUUCAUUUUGAGAGUAUCUUUUAACAGGGCCAUUUCUGAACAGAAGAGAUAACAAUUACUCCACUGAACAAGCUGUUCCAAAUCCUGUCAUCAAAUCCUAUGUUCCUGUUCCAGAUGGUAACACAUACACAAUUUCUUUUAUUUUAAAAGAAUGAAUGUAACUAAUAUUGCAUUAAGAGUUGAAACCUGGCUUUUAGCUACGUGGCAUGUUAAAGUACCUCUAAUGUGGUUGGAAGCUUGUGUUAACUGGGUUCAAGAGGAAAAUGAUAAUGUUAAUUUGAGUCAGGCACAAAUGAAUAAACAAGUAUUCGAGCAAUGGCUUCUUACUGAUCUGAGAGAUUUGGAACACCCUCUUUUACCUGAUGGCAUUUUGGAAGUUCCAAAAGGAGAACUGACUGGAUUUUUUGCUCUGCAGAUUAAUUCAUUGGUUGAUGUCAGUCAGCCUGCAUAUUCCCAGAUACAGAAGCUGAGAGGAAAGAACACAACGAAUGACCUAAUUACAGCUGAAACACAGGUCACCCCAAAACCUUGGGAAGCAAAACCUUCACGCAUGUUGAUGCUACAGCUAACUGAUGGAAUUGUACAAAUACAGGGAAUGGAAUAUCAGUCUAUUCCAGCUCUUCAUAGUGAUCUUCCCCCAGGUACAAAAAUUUUGAUUUAUGGAAACAUUUCUUUCCGCCUUGGCGUGCUCUUAUUGAAGCCAGAAAAUGUGAAGCUGUUGGGAGGAGAAGUAGAUGCUCUUUUAGAAGAAUAUGCCCAAGAAAAAGUACUUGCAAGAUUAAUUGGGGAACCUGAUCCUAUAGUUUCAGUUAUACCAAAUAAUCCUAACCAAAGCAUCCCAGGAAUUACAGAUGUUCUAGAUCCUGCAUUAGGACCUUCUGAUGAAGAACUCUUGGCAAGUCUUGAUGAAAAUGAGCUUGCAGCAAGUAAUGAUACCUCCUUAGACAGAAGAUUUUUCAGUACAGAUAGUUCUUCAAAUACUAUUCCCACAAGGCAGUCAAGCUUUGAACAACAAGAUAUUAUUUCUCCAAAACCAAAAGAGAAACCACCAGAUCCAUCCAUGUGUUUCACUGAUGAGGAAUUAGAUGACUUUUCACUGGAGGAGGCCUUGCUUUUAGAAGAAACUGUCCAGAAAGAACAAAUGGAAACUGAAGAAUUGCAGCCACUGACUUUGAACAGAACCCCAGAUGAAAGUAUAGAGAUAGUUUCACAAAUGGAAACUGAAGAAUUGCAGCCACUGACUUUGAACAGAACCCCAGAUGAAAGUAUAGAGAUAGUUUCACAAAUGGAAACUGAAGAAUUGCAGCCAUUGACUUUGAACAGAACCCCAGAUGAGAGUAUAAUAGAGAGAGUCUUACAUAAACCUAAUACUCUGGGUAAUAUUUCUUUGACUUGCAAAAGCAGAAAUAAUAAUCGGGACAAAAAAAAUUUAUCUGAGCAAAUGAUUAAUGAAGGCAAAUCUUUUUGUAGUCCAUCUGCUGGAGACCAAAACAGUAGUGUUUUUUCAGUUCAUAAUAAUGUACCCCUUCCCCAUGAUUUUACAAAUAAAGACUCAGAGACAGAUAAUAAAAUAAAACAAACCUUCAGCAGUAUAGAUGGACAUUCCUUAAAUAAUAAAAUAUCAAUAUCAAAUAGAGAACUGGUAAAUUAUGUACCAAAAAGGAGUUCACACAUUUCUAAUGAAAAUGAUCACCAUUUACAGACUUGUUCAAGAUCAUCAGAGUACAGCACUCCUCUUUCUAGUGCCAUGGAUUUAUAUUCUCCACCUUUUAUCUAUUUGUCUAUUCUAAUGGCCAGCAGACCAAAGAAAAUUACAACAGUGAAGGUCAAAGCAUUUAUUGUAACCUUAACUGGAAAUCUUUCAAGUUCUGGUGGCAUUUGGAGUAUAACAGCAAAGAUUUCUGAUGGUACUGCAUAUCUAGAUGUAGACUUUGCAGAUGAAAUACUUACUAGUUUGAUAGGGUUUUCAGUACCAGAAAUGAAACAGUCAAAAAAGGACCCUCUUCAAUACCAAAAGUUCCUGGAUGGUUUGCAGAAGUGUCAGAGAGAUUUAAUAGAUUUGUGCUGUCUAAUGACUAUUUCAUUUAAUCCUUCCUUGUCUAAAGCAAUGGUACUGGCAUUGCAAGAUGUUAAAACAGAACACCUUGAGAACCUAAAGAAACGACUGAAUAAAUGAUUUACUAAAAUUGUAUUAGAAAACAAUUAAAAACAAAAAUACUUAGAAUUAAACUUGACCUUUUAUGUUUGAAUUUUUUUGUAAAAGAGGAAAAGGAAAUAACUUAUUUCAGUUUAAUUUUGUUUCUUAUUUUUUUGUUUAAUUUUAAAUGUUUAAUCAUGUUUGUGUAUUUAGGCUUUUUAAAUAAAUUUUUUUAUAGUAACUGUUAUAAGAAAGAAUUUGGUGACCCACUGUUAGUGAGAAUUUUGUUUUCCAUUUGUCAAUUCACAUAAGAUGAUUGCUAAAAUAUUGUGUUGGUGUUUAUUGAUGGCUUAUAUGUUAGAAGUUGGCAAUUAUAAAUAGGUAGUUGUACUUCUAAUAUGUUGAGUACCCAAAGAGAUUUUUAAAAAUUACUAUACUUAGGAAAAAAUGUAAAUCCACUGGAUCAGAAUGUCAGGCAUUCAGAUGCAAAAAUGCUUUGCUGGUUUUUAUUUUGCUGAUAGUAAAUAUUUGUCUGAUAUACUUAAGGCAAAUAUUAUGUUAACUAGAUAAUUCAGAGAUUAUAUUGAAUGAUUUAUUUUCAAGGAUAAUUUAUUUCAAAUGGCAUAUCGAAAACUUGAAUAUACGAUCCAGUAAAUACUUUUUUUAGAUUAAAAUAAGGUAUUUGUCCAUGUCUUAGGUAUUAUCCCAUUUCUGAAGUAGCUCUAUAUGUAAGCCUACCUUUAAUUUUGUUAAGAGUCCUGGAUUUUUUUUCUUUUUUUUAAUGGAGACUGUUUACCACUUUCACUUUGCUGUUAAAAAGAUUUGAAAGAUAGUUACUUUUAUUAAUCUUUUGUCUUUACAAAUUUAAAGCAUCUUCAGUUUUUUUUAUUUUCUUUUUUUCUUUUUUAUAGUAACCUCUAUAGCCAGGAUGGGGCUUGAGCUUUGGACCCUGAGAUCAGGUUCAUUAGGGAGUUAGGAAUUUAAGAAACAAAAACAAAGUUAAAAUUAAGAAUUUAGUGAAUGAGUUUAACAUCAGGUGAAAUAAUAGCUGAAGGAAUAGUGAGUUAGGUUUGGUCAGAAGGAAAAAAUUCAAAAUGAUCUAUAUAGAGGGUCCAAAGGAUGGAAAAGAAUCAGGGAAGAGCACAGAGAUGGGCUAACUUUAAUGUAACUGUAGUCCCGAAAGGAGAAGAAAGAAUAUUUGGAGUUAAUGCCUAAGAAAUAUCUAAAAUUUAUGAAAAUCGUCAAGCUACAGGUUUUGGAAGUUCCACAAACCUCAAACAAAAUAUUCAGAAAAUCAUACUUAUGCAAAUAUUACCAUUACUGGAAACUAGAAAAGGAAAAAGGUCUAGAUUGUGAAAGAAAUAAGGCAUGUUCUUUUUUGUUUUUAAAGAUUUUAUUCACUUAUUCACGAAAGACACAGAGAGAGAGAGGCAGAAACACAGGCAGAGGGAGAAGCAGGGGUCCAUGCAGGGAGCGGAUGCGGGACUGGAUCUGGGGACUCCAGGAUCAUGCCCUGGGCCAAAGGCAGGUGCUAAACCGCUGAGCCACCCAGGAAUCCCCCAAAGUAUGUUUCAAAGGGCUAAAUAUAUGGCAAUUGAUUAUUCAGUAAAAACAAUGGCAAUCAAGACAAUGGAAUGGCAUCUUCAAAGUAAUGGAAAAAAAUAACUGCUAAUCUAGAGUUCUGUACAAAGCAAAAGUGUCCUUAACAGUAAAAGUACAAAAGGUAAAAUUAGGAAAAUUUCACACAAAAAGUGAGAAGUUUUUGUGAACAAACUACACAAAAAUUAUGUCAUUAAGCAGAAGGGAAAUGAUACCAAAUAGAAGUUUGGAGUUGUAAGAAGGAAUGAUGAACAACAGGGUAAAUAUGGAGGUUUAAAUUAAUAGUGAUUUUAAAACAAAAAUAAUGUCUCGAGUGUUUAAAAAAACAGAACUAAAGUACAUGAAAACAAUUGCAUGUAAAUUGAGGGGUGGGGAUAAAUGGAAAAGUGUUUUAAGGUCCUUCUGUCUAAGGAAAGGUUAAGCUGUCAUUUUAUAUUAAACUUGCCUGUUAUAAUAUUUAGGGUAACUACACUAAAAGAUUUAUGAAAGUGUAUUACAUAUACUAAUGGUAUAAAAUGGAACAACAGGAAAAAAGUGCUCAACCCAAGAGAAAGCAAGACAGGGAAAAAAAAAAAAACCCCAGGGAAAACAUUUGGGGAGGUGGCACAGUUAAUUCUAAAUGGAUCAGAAAUUGCAGUAAGUGUAAAUGGGGUAAAAUCUUCCAAUAAACCUUUUCGGAUAAUGAUACAACUGAGUUAUAUAGAAGAGACGCACAUAAAAUGUAAGAAUACAGAAAGGUGAAAGGGAAAGUAUGUAGAAAGAUAUAUAAAUAGUAA